AUGUUGGAAAUAGCCUUGUGGAAAAAGCAACUCAAGGGUGGAUGGAGCAAGGACGAUGCCAAGCGACAGGCAGGAGACCGAGAAGAAUGCCGUAAAAUUCGCAGCAGCAUGUCUACGGUUGCAAACAAGAAAGAAGAUGAAGAGGAGGAAAUUCGAAGCUUAAUCAAGCUUUCCAAAACACCUGAUCUUUCCGGCAAUGACAAUUGGACGCAAAUGACAAAGUUGGAUCUGUUUCAGGCUGGCCUCUCGACUCUGCCCUCGUCAUUGGCCACGUUGCUUCCUAAUCUAUCCAUUCUGUUCUGCAUGAAAAAUAAAUUCCAGGAGAUUCCUGAAGUGAUUGGCCAGUGUCCCAACUUGCAAAUGAUUUCGUUCAAAUCGAAUCAGGUGGAAUCCAUUCAUCCCAAUGCUCUGCAAGAACAACUCCGAUGGCUCAUUCUGACCGACAACAAGAUCCAAGAACUUCCCUCGACCAUUGGUCGGUGCAAGAAAUUGCAAAAGUGCAUGCUUAGCGGCAAUUGCCUAGAAAGGCUGCCACCUGAAAUUUCCAACUGUCACAACUUGGAACUCAUCCGACUGGCGUCCAACAAAUUGACCGAACCACCAAUGGAGCUAUUGAAAUUGCCCAAUUUGGCGUGGGUAGCUCUUUCGGACAAUCCCUUUCUAGACAAGGUAGCAGGAGGGGCCACUACUGGAGACGAACUCCUUCAUUUAGAUGUCUGGGAUGAGGAUACGACCUUGGAUGACCCCACGGUGGGUGUGGAAUUGGGCAAGGGUGCGAGUGGUGUCACUCGUCGGUACACGACCAAGAUGCCCAGCAACCACAACAACCACAACAAGAACAAUAGUAUUAGUACCAAAAAGAAGAGAGCCCAUCCUGAUAAUACUAGUGACGACUCCUCUUCCACGCCGUCGUCGCCGUCCAUGAUGAUUACCGUUGCCGUCAAGGAAUACUUUUCCACCAUUACGUCUGAUGGGAAUCCUCAAGAAGAGCGAAAGGUAUCCAUGGUAGCCUCCUCUCUUGAAUGCAAAUCCUUGGUCCACGUGCACGGACGUACUCCAAAGGGGAACUUGAUUAUGGAACUACUGAAAGACUACAAGGUCUUUGCCAACCCGCCCAGUUUGGAAUCCUGUUCGCGUGAUACCUAUCCAGACGACGAACAAUGUUCCGAAACGCGGGCCCUGGCCAUGGUGGAUGAGUUACUAACGGCACUCAUGAAAUUGCAUCAACAUGGAAUUUGCCAUGGAGACUUUUAUGGGCACAACAUUUUGAUUUGCACCAAGGAUGAAACGGCUGUAUGGUUGACAGACUUUGGAGCGGCAUUCUUUUACGAGCCAUCAUCGGAGUAUGGCAAAUUGAUUCAGCAAGUGGAGCGACGGGCCUUUUCUCAUUUAUUGGACGAAAUUGCCGCACUCUUGCCACCUACUACUGCAAGUUCAUGUCAAGAUAAGAUCAAGACUCUGUCGUCACACUGUGCCAGCAUGACCUUUGAAGAAUUGCAUCAGAAAUGGACGGAACUAAAAUAG